GAAAAUAUCGCAUGAUCUGCCAGUCAGUCAGUCAUAAAAGAACAGACAUUCUAUUCUCAUAAUUUUUGCUCUUGUAAUCGAAUUUAGUGGAAAAUUUCUUUGUUGUGUUGACAAUAUUUUACAACAAAUGAAUUCAUUAAAGUGGCAAGCAUAUUUAGUGAGUUCGGAAGUGUUUCGACAAACAAAAUUUUGUAAAAGUAACUAGCUGGUUGCACCUGACUUGUCUGUUUGUGGAAGUGCUUGUGCAAGAAAAUCAGUGUUUGGGAGGGGAUUCGAUGUCGAAAUCGGUGGGUCAAGGAGAAGAUUGCUGUUUUACGUGCACAGAACUCGAGGAUAAUUGGAUUAAGCAAACGAAGCUGUCGUUAAGGACAAUAGGAAUAUCUAGGAAGUAUUCGUAGUGAUUGCAAAGGCCCACCCUAUUACAUUCCAACGAGGUCAUCAAUUGCACAAUCAUUGUAGCCAGCUGCCAGUAAUUUGAAGGGAGAGCAACAAGAACAUUAUUGAUUUGUCAUCGAAGGACUUUGAAGUUAAAAACCCGCUAAGCUUGUAAAACCAGCAUGAAACAUGGAGUGAUCACAAAGAGACAACAUACGUAAUAGUGUUCAGGGGUCCCGUUCGAUGUUUCAAUGGAACUACUUUGUAGCAACAAGAUUACAUAAUUUUUGUUGAUGUUUUAUUUUCUCGCUUGAAUCAAUUUGGGAGUACAGUCUUGUGCAAAUCUCGUGAUAGAACCAUAAUACGAUGGCGCGCAGUGGAGGCAAUAAAUGUCCGCACCUAGAAAACGUCGUUCAGCUGUCGCUGCAGGAGCUGUGCAAAUUGAAGAAGGGCGAACCGUGCACCGAGUGCGUUGCGAACGGUCCAAAUCUUUGGAUAUGUUUGCAGAAAAAUUGCCUACACAUUGGAUGCUCCGAGCAGUACAAUGACCACAGUACAACACAUUUCCAAGCCAGCCGAACCCACUGCAUUCACAUGAAUCUUUCGUCCCAGCGGAUCUGGUGCUAUUUGUGUGAGUUUGAGGUGUUUCUGGUGCAACAACAGCACCAGCAGAUCCGGCGAACCUCGAUGGUGAGCAAUGAUUCAAGUGAUACCAGUCGCUAUUCGACAAACAACGAGAAGCUGUUGAUGUAUGGAGAUCGAUUUGCGGUGGGCGCCGGUGGUGGUGAGUCCUGUGAUAGUAGCUGUGAGGAAGAUGAGUUUGAGAGACAUGGCAAGUGGAAUGGAUUGGUUGGGCUGCAGAAUAUAGCGAAUACUUGUUACAUGAAUGCAGCGAUUCAGGCUUUAAGCAAUAGUCCUCCGUUGACAGGGUUCUUCUUGGACUGUGGCUCAGUCCUGGAAACGGAUUUAUUAGGAAAUCAAACUGUUUCAAAGCCAGGACUUGCUAAACAUUACCAUAAACUAAUCAAAGAUAUGUGGUGCAAGAAUCGCCGAUACAUAGUACCGAGUGGAAUACUAUAUGGAAUACGGAUAGUUCAUCCGAUGUUCAGAGGUUACCAGCAACAUGAUACCCAAGAGUUUCUUCGUUGUUUUAUGGAUCAGCUUCACGAGGAGUUGAAAGAAGUCACCCAGCCUCCUCCAGAUUUGCUGUCGCUACAAGGUAGAGUUCAUGGUAACGGCGAUGAUCAGUCGGCCUGCUCUUCUCCAUCACCUUCACAAUCUGAAGCAGAGUAUGAGACCUGCGAUAGCGGUGUCUCGGAACAAUCAAGUCUUUCAGAUGAUAUUUCUGUCGAUUGCAAACGAAACAGAAAGCUGUCCCGAUCGCCUAGUCUAAACACAAGCCAAAGAAAUGUUACUUCUACCAGUCGACAGCAGUCGCCGAUAGGGAGUAAUCGAAGUACAUCUAGUAGCACCGGAAGCAUGACUUCCUCCCACCAACAGCAGCAAGGAAACACCAACGAUUCACAGCAGCAGAAAGCGACAAAGGAUAAAAUUUCAGAACGAUCUAUUAUCAGUGAUAUUUUUGACGGCAAACUUCUGUCGUCUGUUCAGUGUUUGACAUGCGAUCGUAUAUCAACUCGCGAGGAAACAUUCCAAGACCUGUCGUUACCCAUUCCAGGAAAGGACCAUUUGGCUGUAUUGCAUCAGACCCAUUCCGGAGUGCCUGCUACUAGUCAUCCGACUUCGGUAGGCGGCGGUAGUAGCAGUAGCACCGGAAUCACUUGUUCCGAUGCUGUCUAUCCAGUGACGGGGGACAGUUGGAUUUGGUGGAUCUGGAAUUGGCCAUUUUGGACCUGGGUACGUUCGUGGUUUUGGGGGCCAGCUGUUAGUUUGCACGAUUGUAUGGCUGCUUUCUUCAGUGCUGACGAGCUUAAGGGAGACAAUAUGUAUAGUUGCGAGAAGUGCAAUAAACUGAGGAACGGUGUGAAAUAUUCCCGCGUUUUGGCCCUGCCGGAGAUGCUGUGCGUUCAUUUGAAACGUUUCCGUCAUGAUUUAUCGUAUAGUUCAAAAAUAUCCAGUCCAGUUCACUUUCCUUUGCAUGGGCUCGACAUGCGCCCGUAUCUGCACAAGGACUGUAAAUCGGAAGUCACUUCGUAUGACCUGUGUGCGGUAAUAUGUCACCAUGGUACAGUAGGUGGAGGUCACUAUACCAGCUUUGCUAAACACGAUCCCACCGGGAAGUGGUUCGAGUUUGAUGAUCAGCUCGUGACGCAGGUUAGCCCUGAGGAUGUACAAAAUUGUGAAGCUUAUGUGCUGUUCUAUCGAAAGAACAAUUCAAAAAUGAUAACAAUUCGGGCACAGGCAAACGAUUUGCAUAGCGUGCAGGAGCAUGCCUCGGACAUUCGUUUCUACAUCUCGCGGAAUUGGCUUUAUCGGUUCAACACAUUUGCCGAACCGGGUCCCAUCGACAACUGGACGUUACUUUGUCCGCACGGAGCGUUCCCCCCGAACAAGGCACCGUACUUUUCAAAACUGGUAGUACCAAUACCCCAGGGAUUGUGGGAUUUUCUGUACCAAAAGUUUGGCGGUGGUCCUGUGUGCAAUCACAUUUUUCCUUGCCACAUUUGUAAGAAAGCCGCUGAGUCGCUGUCUAGAAGGCAAAGAGCAGAACUAGAAGCAUUUACCACAUGCAAUGAUGAAUAUCAGUACAACGAAACCCCAACCACCAUAUAUGCGAUUUCGAUGGCUUGGUUCCGCCAGUGGCAAUUGUUUGCCCGUGGUGUAACAACCGAAGAACCAGGUCCGAUCGACAACAAACUGAUUGCAAUUAUCGGAGAUACAAGUGUUCCGCUGCGCAACGUUCGCCAGGGAUCGGACUAUGCUCAGAUUAAUUCCACACUUUGGCAUUUCUUCUAUGGCAUUUACGGUGGCGGACCGGAAAUUGUGCUUCGUGGCCAACCGGUUCCACCACCGGAAUCGAGAGUGCCAAAAAUCGUCAAGGAGCGCGAUCAAGAACCCAUGGACGUCAGUGAUACGAUUCCACAGUCUUCAAAAACUUCUACCGUAACAAAUGGACGGCAAGAUGCUCCGAUAGAAGUCCCGACUGAUGUAUCCUUAAGUACAGUUAAUACAGGGACUCAAAAGCCCCAAAAGAGUGUAUCUUUCGAGGACAACGAAAGCUACAUGGAAAACGAGGUCGAUUACAAUGAAUCAUCUCGGUCAGUGCACACGAAACGGAAACAGAUAAGGCGGCAUAAAGAACAAGCUAAAGAAUCGAAGAAAGCGGAAACGGAUAGUGCCGAUGGGUUGGUCACUUAUCUGCGACGAAAGCAGCUAAAGCACCAACAGCAAAUAUCGCAAGAUGCCGACAACGAGAGGUACAUUGCUGACUUGUUGGACAUGAAAGGCAAAAAGGAAAGACGGCAUCGGUCUGGAAUGAAAACAAACGGCCUUUUUGGGGCGGAAGGCAAAUAUCAGCCAGCCAAUGCGGAAACCGUCUCCAACGGUAACAUACCCCGUGCAGAAUCGUUCUCUCAACCGUCCGCCGCUAACAAAACCAAUCACAACAGCUUCGGUUCGGCUGCUGCUGUUACAUUUUCCAAAUCAGCGGACGAAUUCCAUUACCAUCUCAGUGCCAAUGCGAGCGAGCCCGGUAGCGUUGAUCCCUCUAAAUCUGUGGACGAGAUUAUGCCGCUGCUCACGCAGACCUCCAUCAGUCGUGGUCCAACGGUCGAGGACGAGGACGACGAUGGUAACGAAAGUGACGGUGGUCCGAAGAGUUCGACAAAGGAACGAUCGCACCAUCAUGGUCGGAAAGGUCACCGAAGUAGCAACCAUGCGACCGAAAAUGGCCAAUCCGAACGCGGGAUGAUAUCUUUCGGUGGGAAGAAACUAAAGUCAAAAUAUUUGAAAAGCAAAUCGACCAAAGGAGGAGUGAUACUGGAUGGUGCGAAUGGGCAGAUAUCGUCAGUAGCUAACGGAACGAAUGCCAGUGAUAGCGAGAAAUGAGUAAAGCCAGCGCUUCGACGUUUUCGCUUUCUAUCAUUCUCGUGAUAGUUUUGUUUGGAGCUGUAAAUAAUAGUUUAUUUGUUUAUCAAGCAUUUUCUUUUACUACUUUUUGAGUAAGGGUUUAAAUUCUUCUUGGAAGGCUAGCGUGGUCUUAAGUUCUACAGGAAACGGAAAUUAUAGUUUUAUUUACCCUUGUUAGGCGAUGUCCUCUGAAUGUUAUUCUAGUGUUCUUCGAAAUGGUACACUUUUUGUCAAAAAUGCCAAACAAUUUGUUCAAAAUACCGGGAAGCAAUGCAAAUUAUUCGUUAAAUUAUUCAGUUAAUACAAAAUAAAAACAAAUAUUUCGCUUUAUUUAAGAAACUAACUUUUCAAUGUGUACCGUUUUAAAGUGCAUCGUAGGAUUUGUUUUCAACCACCAAUUAGAGAUAGUCUCAAAUCAUACAUUUUCUUUGCUCAUUAAUAGUAUAAUGAUCCGAACAGAUUCAAUUACCAAUUAAAGUUCAAUACAAGUCUUUUUCAAGUUGAUAGAUAUCAUUACAUUUUUCUUGACCUGUGUGGAUAACAUACAAUCAUGUUAAAUAAGAAGGGAUAAAGAAACAUAGGAAUAUGGAAAUUCGAAUGGGAUGUUAUUGAAACUUUGAAUAAAGUAGUAAAGUACAAA